AAAUACUUAUUAAGAAUGAAAAAGAAGAAUCAGAAUUUCUUUUUCGAGCUCAAACUCAAGGACAAUCAGUCGAUUAAGCUUGCUUUUUGGACGGACGCAAGGAGCAGAGCUGCCUAUCAGUAUUUUGGAGAUGUUAUUUCAUUUGACACCACCUACAAUACAAACAGGUAUAAUCUGGUUUGUGGUUGUUUUGUCGGGGUGAAUCACCACAGUCAGUCAACACUUCUUGGAUGCGCUUUGAUGAAAAAUGAAGAUAUUGAAUAAUUCAAAUGGUU